CCUGUUCGGGCGGCCAAUGUUUUUUUUCUUGUACUGGAUUACGUUGGAUUUCAAGAUUCAUCCGUUCUUGUAUUUAUCAUAUGGACACGCUAAAACCGACAGCGUCGCGGACUCUGCCCGGAUCUUUCUCUCUCUCUCACCCAGCCUCUAGGAGUCGGUCCAUCCCUCCACCUCUUCUCUCCUAUACAAAGAAUCAGAAUGCCUCACGCUUACCCUUUCCUCAGCCCUGAGCAGAAGAAGGAGCUCAGUGAUAUUGCUCAGAGGAUUGUUGCACCUGGCAAGGGAAUUCUUGCUGCUGAUGAGUCAACAGGAAGUGUUGCCAAGCGCUUCCAGAGCAUCAAUGCUGAGAACACAGAGGAGAACAGGAGGCUGUACAGGCAGCUGCUGUUCACUGCUGAUGAACGUGUCAACUCCUGCAUCGGUGGUGUCAUCUUCUUCCAUGAGACCCUGUAUCAGAAGACUGAUGAUGGCAAGCUGUUCCCCCAGCUCAUCAAGGAGAGAGGCAUGGUAGUGGGAAUCAAAGUCGACAAGGGUGUGGUCCCCCUGGCCGGCACGAACGGAGAGACCACCACCCAGGGUCUGGAUGGGCUGUAUGAGCGUUGCGCUCAGUACAAGAAGGAGGGUGCUGACUUUGCCAAGUGGCGCUGCGUGCUAAAGAUCACUCCCACCACCCCAUCCCGCCUGGCCAUCAUUGAGAAUGCCAAUGUCCUGGCCAGAUAUGCCAGCAUCUGCCAGAUGCAUGGCAUCGUCCCAAUUGUGGAGCCUGAAAUUCUCCCUGAUGGAGACCAUGACCUGAAGCGCUGCCAGUAUGUCACUGAGAAGGUUCUGGCUGCCGUCUAUAAGGCCCUGUCCGACCACCACGUUUACCUGGAGGGCACCUUGCUGAAGCCCAACAUGGUGACAGCUGGACACUCCUGCCCACACAAAUAUACUCCUCAAGAGAUCGCCAUGGCCACCGUCACCGCCCUGCGUCGCACUGUGCCCCCUGCAGUCCCCGGCAUUACCUUCCUGUCUGGAGGCCAGAGUGAAGAGGAGGCCACCAUCAACCUGAAUGCCAUGAACCAGUGCCCUCUGCACAGGCCCUGGGCACUCACCUUCUCCUAUGGCCGUGCCCUGCAGGCCUCUGCUCUUAAGGCCUGGGGUGGAAAGAAGGAGAAUGGCCAUGCUUGCCAGGAAGAGUACAUCAAGAGGGCUAUGAACAACAGCCAGGCUGCUGUUGGUAAAUAUGUUUCUACUGGCGAUCAAGGCUCUGCUGCUGGCGAAUCCCUCUUUGUGGCUAACCAUGCCUAUUAAACAUAACGACACAUACCUCCAUAUAACUCUGCCAAUCUUCACAGCGACCACACACCCUCUAGUUCUUGAACUUGUCACACUACUUUAAACCAAAUACCUCUUCUUCUGUAUUUGUGAUAUUACUUUCCUGUCUAGUGAGAGAGAAAUACUUGUCACCUUUUUCCAGCGCUACAGCCUUUGCCUGAGAGAGCAGAUUCUGAAAACAUGCACCCCCAUUUGCUGCCUCUCCCCGUUUGUGUUUCUCAGCACCUCUUCCCAGGUGCAGGAGUCCCUCACCUUUGUGAUGUCACUUCAUGUUUUCCAACACAUGCCUUCUCUGGUCUGUAACAACUGCAGGAUGGAAUAUAUUAUUGCAGUAUAAGCACUGGAAAUAAAUAUUC